AUGAUGUCGCCGGAUGUUGCACAGUUGAAUCUGCAUCCAUAUGCGAUCAUUGUGUUGCCAAUUCCUCUGGCUGUCUUAUCAAGCAUUGCUAUCUCGAUACGGAUAUGGAUUCGGUGCUGUCUUGCUCGGUCAUUCGGUCGCGAUGAUAUCUGCUUGAUUCUGGCUUAUAUCUGCUUUCUUGCUGCUUGCGGAGUGUUCAUAGCCAUCGGAGUAACAGAAUACUUUCAAGGACUCGAGCCUAUAGUCAAGCUCGCCGAGCUCAGCAUCCUCGGCAUCGCAUUGUACCUUCUCAACCAGUGCUUUUUCAAACUCAGCAUGGCUCUCUUCUUCCUCCGCAUCCCCAACCGCGCAUCCCACCGCUGGAUAAUCAUCUGUAGUGCCAGCAUCUCCAUCAUCUUCAACAUCGUCCUCCUCGCCAUCUCAAUCGCCCAAUGCGGCAACAUCGCCACAAUCGACUUGAAGCACCCCCAGUGUAUCUCCUGGACCAUCCUAGGGCCGCUAAACUAUUUCGGUGCUGCUCUGAACGCAGCUGUAGAUUGGAUCUUCGCAGGCAUGGCAAUUUUUAUCGUGUCCGGGUUGGUGAUGGACAGACGCAGCAAAGCGUCAGUGUAUGCGAUUAUUGUGUUGGCAUCUUUGGGAAGUGUCGUUUCCGUGGUAAGGAUACCUUAUAUUGAUGGCUUGCGUCUCGACAAGGACUACUACGGCCAGGAAAACGACAUCAUCGCAUACACCUCGCUCAUCGAAUCCGCCAUCGGCAUCAUCGUGGCCUCAAUGUCGGUCAUGCGGCCUUUGGCUGCGCGUCUGGCACACAGAGCCAAAGAAGCACUAUCAAGCGAUAGUAAGAGCAGGAGUAAGAGCAGGACCAAAUCGUCGCAAAGAAAGGUCACGCCAUUGAAAAUCGAAUUGCCCAACAAAGAGGAAGAUGGAGUGAAACUGUAUCAGGCGCUUCCGGAUCCGACGCCUACAUUUUUGGAGACGGGGAGUGAGGGUAGUGGCAUUGAGAUGGAUUAUUUGAGUGUCAAGGGGAGUAUGGAUGUGGAGAAGGGGGUGGUUGGGAGGGCAUUUGUGGAGGAGAUAGGGACUUGA